AUGGCACACAACUUCAUUGCAAACAGUUNUGGUGGACCUCCACCUCCACCUGGAGCACCAAACGCUCUAUCUGGCGUCAAGAGCAAGAAGCCCAUUCAGACCAAGUUCAGGAUGCCGUUGUUAAACUGGCAGGCCUUAAAACCAAACCAGGUGACCGGCACUGUCUUCAACGAGCUGGAUGACGAGCAGGUCUUAGAGGAGUUGAACAUGGAUAUUUUUGAGGAACAUUUCAAGACAAGGGCACAGGGUAAUCCAGCAGACAUUGCUACUAUCAAGAAGAAGGUGGUCCAGAAGGCCCCCAGCAAGACCUCCCUAAUUGACGGCAACAAGGCCAAGAAUCUGGCCAUCACGUUACGCAAGGGGGGAAUCAACCCGACGGGCAUCUGCACCGCCAUAGAGACGUAUGACCAGGAGUCUUUGUCUAUAGACCUGGAAUUACUCGAGCCCUUCAUACCAUCAGAUUUCGAGAUGAAGCUGCUGCUUAACUAUGAGAAAGAUGGCCGCCCGCUGGAGGAGCUGGCCGACGAGGAUCAGUUUAUUCUACGCUUUGGGAAGAUUCCUCGUCUGAAGCAGCGCAUUAGCACUCUCACUUUCAUGGGCAACUUCCCUGAUACUGUCAAACGCCUGCAGCCGCAACUGAACUCCCUCAUCGCUGCAUCGAUGUCCAUCAAGUCUUCAACCAAACUGAAAAAGUUAUUAGAAAUUGUUCUCGCCUUCGGUAACUACAUGAACAGCAGUAAGAGGGGGGCGGCGUACGGCUUCCGGUUGCAGAGUCUCGACCUUCUGUUGGAGACCAAGUCUACGGACCGCUCGCAGACCCUCCUCCACUUCAUCGCCAGCAUCAUCCAGGAGAAAUACCCAGACCUGUCCAACUUCCACACUGAUCUACACUUUGUAGACAAGGCAGCUCUCGUGUCAUUGGACGGUAUUCUUCAGGACAUCCGCUCAUUAGAACGUGGAAUGGAAAUGGCCAAAAAGGAAUUCCUGGUGCAGGAUGACAGCAGCGUUUUGAAGGAGUUCAUCAAGACCAACAGUGAGCAGCUGGAGACUUUAAUCACAGACAGCAAGAAAGCUCAGGAGGCAUACGGAUCUGUGGUGGAGUAUUUCGGAGAGAAUCCUAAAACCACGCAGCCUUCCAUGUUUUUCCCGACGUUUGGACGCCUGAUAAAGGCCUAUAAGAUAGCACAGCUGGAGAUAGAGCGGAAAAAGAAAAUGGAGAGAGAGAGCAGCGAGGAAAAAGUGUCAUCUCCAAACAAGGCCGGGUCACAAAAGGGACCUCAGAUGCCUAAAGUGCCCCAGAUGGACCUGAUAGCGGAACUGAAGAAGCGGCAGAAACCUCAGGUACGCGAAGGGAAGGACGGCGCCCUGGAGGACAUCAUCACAGAUUUGAGGAACACACCAUACAGGCGGACAGAUGGUCGACGGCCAGCCCAGCGCCAGGACCCUUAAUCCACUUCUGGUGCAUGAAUUUUUACAAAUGUAACUCGAGAAGAACAUGCUUCAAAAUGUUCUGUAUAUACAGUAUUUUAAAAUGUAUAACAAGCCAUGUGGCAGCGUGUUUUUUAGCCAAGAUUUUAGAGUGAAACUGCUCUGUAAAUAGAAUUUGAAUAUUUAACUAUUUUAACAUAUUUUAAAAGCAAAAUUUAAUUUGAUUAUAAAUCUUUUACUAUUUCUGUGUUACCAAUUGGCUUUUGAAUGUUCAGUGUUGUUACCUAUUGAGUAAUAAUAAUAAAAUCAUGUUUUUUGAAA